AUGGAGAGGGAAGCGGAUGAGCAGCUAGCUAGGGCCACGUCACGUUUUCAGGCAGAAAAGGCACAGGAUGUGAAAAUAAUGGAACAGAUUAUCGCCGAAAAAGACAGUCUCUCAGCCAAGAAUUUACAGGCCGAGGGUGAGGUUUCUCACCUGAAGCAAGAGCUGGAAGCACAGGCCCUGGCCACGCAAGGCCAAGUGAGCUGGAGCGAGAUACAGUCAACCUUGUACCAAGCUCAUAGUCAGUUGGUAUCGACAGCUACUGGGCUUUGGAGCUCGAUCGAAGCCAUCCAGAAUCGCCAGCUAGCAACAUUCCUGCCUGGGUCAAGUGCCAUGGAUUGCAAUUGGCUCAAUCUGGGUGGAACACCCAACCUUACUGGGUCCGAUACUUUCGCGUCACUCUACAACUCACAGGCUGCUCAACAAGACGAGCAGGCAAUCAACUGA